AUGAGCGGGUUUCACUGGAAUACCACAGAUUUCCCCAAGCCAAUAUUCGGAUCGCAUGAGUCGUGGAGUUUGAACAAGAGUCUCUGUGCCGAUCGCUACUCUCGAUAUGGUGCAUAUGGCUACCUUCACGGUAAUGAACCUACUCGAAUCCACAAUUGGAAUGGUACAUUUGGUUCUAACGAGCCCGCCGAAAUAGACUGGCAGCAAGUGGACUGGGCACAUCUACAACAUGAGUGCCUGCAGCGCAAUAGCGAUCGAUAUCGCAGGCAACAAUCUGAAGGGAAGAUAACCGCUCUGUACAAGUCACUGAAUUUCAAUGUACAGUCUCGUGAGCCCUUGAACAAAACAGACAGGGCUCAUCCCCGGGCAGCCGUCAUACUGCGCUCUUGGAUCGGCAUUAAAUACACUGAAAACGACUUGUAUCACAUUCGAUCUAUGAUUAUGGAGCCGUCGCUCUAUUCGGGUGCAGAAUAUGAGCUUAUCCUCCUCAGUGACUGCCAGGGCGAGAAAAUGCCCAAAGAAACUGAUCAUGCUGCCUGGGAGACAUUCAAAGCGAAACUUUUGCCACAGGAGCUGCGCAGCCUGGCGGCAUGGUUUAACGCGGAUAUGUUGAAGGAUUGA